GUCGGGCCUCACUUUGUUUGUAGGAGAGAGUCCGUCCUCCAGAUUUCCUCCGCCAAGAGAAGAAGAAGAAGCACAAGACUUAUUCAAAUCCUCUUUGCUGCCAAGAGAUCCCAUCAUCGUUUCUGCCCUGCUCCUUGAUCUCCGCUUCAGUGAGAGCAGUGAUUUCUGCCCCAACCAAGCACACAACAUGUUUAUAAUACAAAUCACUCUUCACGACUUUGCCUCAGUUACUCAGCUGCAUUCUCAAGACACGGCUCUCUCCCUUUUGCCAAGGAAGCGACGUCCACUUGCCAAAACGGAGCGGUAGUGAUCUUAUACACCAGACACUUAUUUGCCCCAUAGUUUUUGGUGCAUGGGAUUGAACUCCUCGGUGUGUUUGCAUUGCAUACUACUUCAUAAUAAUACAAGUUUGGUGCAGCAGUAGCAGAGUCGAUAGGAACCACCAAGAACUCAUUUCCCAUUCAUCCGCAUCCCACCCAGACAAGGAGAAAGCAACGGGGAAAGUUGAGUUUGCUCCUGGUGAGAUUUUGUGUGGACUGAAAACAGCAGCAGCAUUGUCUCAUUCUCAUCUCGCCUGAAUAAUGUGGUAAACCGUGACGGGAAAGCUGUGCAGCACUCUCUCGUGCUACCUCCGUUGUUCCAAUCGACAACAAACGCAGCAGACACAUUGUUUCAUUCAUCAUGAAUUUUAAGCAGAAGCAGCAAGAGAAAGUGCUUCUGGGUAGUAUUUAGUUGUGGCUGCUCAUAAACAAGUAGGGAGUGGAUUCGCCAUAAUUUUGUGUCACGUGUACGAGCCAAAUGCUUUUCUGACAACGUGUAUUAUGACACUUUCAAAAUAAACUCACCCGUGAGAAUCGUCCCCGCUUGACCACGUCUACUUUCUCCGGUUACAAAACAACACCAUCACAUCCACCACCACCACCGCCACUUUGGACUCUUGGAGUUGGACGCGGAUUCACAAUGACGAAUAGCAGCAAGCCUCACAGGACGUGGACGUGGUUUCACCCCGUACUCGCGAUCAUGAUGAUAUGGCACACUUCCGAGGCCAACAUUGGUUACUUUUGGCAAAUUACGGAUCUGCAUUUGGAACUCAACUACUCCGUCUCCGUUGCCAACCGAGACAAAAUGUGCUGGCGUCAAAAUGGUGGAUUUCGAUCUCCGGAAGGCCAUGGAAGAUAUGGAAGCCAUUCCUGUGACUCACCGUUCAUUCUGGUUGAAUCUGCCAUAAAAGCCAUGAAAAACAUCACCGGCCAUGAAGGCAUCGAAUUCAUCCUCUGGACCGGGGAUUCCGUAUCGCAUUCAACCUACCAUGACGAGAGCAUAAAGGAUGACACAGUGUUCAGCGUCCUAAAAAACAUCACAUACCUUUUAAAAACACAAUUUCCUUUCUCAAAUAUUUACCCAGUUCUUGGGAACAUGGACUGGUACGCCAAGAGCAGGAUGACAUCGAGUGCCGGCUAUGCAGAAUUUCACAACAGGCUCAAACUCUACGGUCAACUUUGGUCAAACUGGGUUCCUCCAGAGUCACUGUUUGACUUUGAGAAAGGAGGCUACUACGCUAUCCAGGCGAGAGACAGGAGAACCCUGCUGCUCAUCUUGAACACCAGCUUGUACGAGAAACGACAAUGGAUCGGAGCCAAUGAGGAAGACCCUGCAGGUCAAUUUGCAUGGCUUCACGAGAAGCUGAAGAUGGCAAUGGCGAUGGGCAACAUGGUCUUCAUCAUUGGGCACAUCCCUCCUGGCAAGAUGGAGAGAUACAUGAGCAGUCGAUUUGGUCACCAUGCCUACCAGGACCAGUUCAACAAAAGAUACUUGAGACUGGUGAGAGAUUACCACAGCAUAAUCGCUGGACAAUUCUUUGGCCACUUCCAUUCCGACUCGUUUCGAGUCUUUUAUGAAAAAAUGGACAAAACCAAGGGAAAAUUCUUGGAGAGAAAUCCUAUCUCGUACCUUUUUCUGGCUCCUGCUGUUUCCCCGAGAAAAUCGACUCUGGGGGAUGAAAUCGGACCAAACAACCCCGGUCUGCGACUCUAUCAAUAUAACACCUCAUCGGGACAAAUUUACGACUACACGCAGUAUUAUCUUAAUCUCACAGAGGCGAAUGAAAUGAACAGAGCGGAAUGGAAAAUCCUGUACAACUUCACAAACUAUUACCGCCUCCAGAAUGUUUCCGCAGCUUCCCUAAGUGACCUCGCCUUCUCAUUCCUCAAGGACAGUGGGAGUGAGAAUUUCAACAAGUAUUACUUUGCCAACUCUGUGGGCUAUGAAGACCCCAGCAAAUGUCUUAACUUGUGUCGAAGAACCCAUUUUUGCGUCAUAACCAACGUUGACUACCAGGACUAUGAGAGGUGCAUUCAGACCGUGUUUGGAUCCAUUGGAUCCGCAAACUUUCUCAUCGUGAAUAUCAAUACGACAUUAUUCUUCCUUCUUUUUGUUCUUGUCAUCAACCUCGUCGGAUCGUCGGGACAGCUGUAUUAAACUCGUACCCACCCAAAAAUUGGUGGGUUUAUCCCUCCCCCCGUAACUACAUGCAUACAUACAUACUGACACUAUCUCUAGAUAUGAUGUCAUGUCAUGGAUGAAAUAAUGCCCUCCAUUAUGAACCUCGUUGUAUUAAUUAUCGCCGUACUUACAUAUACGCUACUACUUCAAGUCUUACAGCCCAUUGUUCCAGAUGACAAAAUACUUCUCUUGAUUUCUUCCACCUCUACCUCAGAAUGAAUUUCCCUCCCCCACCCACCAAAUUUCUUACCAACUACGUAACUAUCUAAUAAUUGAGAAAGGACGAUGAUGAUUGCGGUGUGCGAGUGUGUGUGUUCUUCUUCAGACGGUGGAUGACGAACCCUAAUUUACAUAUUGGUGACAAGAAACAAAUCCGUACCAGAAAAGACAGUUUCUCAAAUAGCCGUUAUACUUCAUACAUUAUUUAAAAAACCCAAGUACUCAAGUGAUAUAAUUGUUGUUGUUGUUGAAUAAUUGUGUAAGAGGAGCAAUUUUCACGAGAAAAGCUGACCCAGGGCUUUCGUUUCCAGGAUAUCUAAUUAUUGUAAUCAACCGUUAGGAUGUACUAUUUAUGUAACAAGUUUGGACAGUCAGUGGGAGUUAUUUACCAGCAAACAAACAACAACUGUAAUCUUAUUACUUUCUCUCUCUCUCAUUCCCUUGUCUCCGUUAUUACCUAUCACAGUCGAUUUAAUCUGGCAUCAUUUCCUGACUUGCAUUGAUUCCUGCUUGCUUGGAAUUUAUCAUCCUCUAUACGAUUACAACAAAAAACUUGUUCAUGUCGUUAAUUUAAUAUAGAUCUUGGUCUCCGUUUCUCUUCUCUUUCCUGCGAUACGACCAGAGGCAGAGAGUCGAUUAGUCUUUAUUACGCUUAUAUACGUCUCUACCUACCUAUAUUUACUAUCCACCACUCUAUAUGUACUUAUGUAUGUACUGACCAUGCAAUUUAUUUAUUUAUGUGCUACUUUGACGACACCACGCUUCCUUGUCACUUGUCAACUCUGCGCCCACUUAAUAUUUUUGAUUGAGAGACAAUGGGUGAGUGUGUGUACUAUUAAUGUGCAUCGGUAUAGACAAAUGAAAGAAAGCAACGAUUCUAGAGUCAAAGUCCCCCCACUUUCACUUACUUACCAAGUAUAAUAAAAGGAAUGAGAAUACGUUUCGAUUGGGCGAACGAUUUACGGUGAAAGAAACCUGCAGUGGAAGUGGAACUUGUGGUAAUAUUGGAAAUGAGACAAUUUUCUCUAAAAAAAAAUAUAAUAAGCUCCAUUCAUCCACUUUUUUUCUCUCCUUCCCUCCUCCUCGGUCACUACUAAAUAAAUAUAAUACUGCUACGGCUACUAAUAUGUCGUGUAAGUAAAUGAAUAAAUAUACUCUUUGUGCAACAGGAAAAAAGUGUUUGGGACGGAAUGCCAUAUAAUGAUAUACCUAACGUAAUAAUAAUAAUACUAAGGAUGCAUGUGUGGACUCGUACAUGUAUUUCUAUGCAGUCUCGUUGCAUACUAAAUUUAAGCUACUUCUACUUUUAUCGCCCAUAGUAUUAAACAUUUCAGAUGCUUAUCUUUGUGAUCCACACGUUUUGUGUAAAAAUGGAAAAGAAAUGAAAUAAACAGAGAGGGCUGUUUAUGCCUCAUGAUUUACA